AUGCCUCGGUCGCAGGCACUAGCACCAUGCGUGGCUCUUCUGCUGGGGAGGGCGGUGGUGAUGGAUGGUUUUCUCCCGGCACCAAGAUUGAUCCCAGCUCGCCAUAACGCGGUGUCGAGGCAUCAUCAUAGUGCAAGCUCUUUGCAGGAACAUCCGCAUCGUCAAACACGUACGCGUUCAACCGCCGAUCAUGAUGACAGAUUCGCAAAGACGACAACCGCUACCCUUUCGAUGGCACGGUCAUCCCCAGGAGGGAAUGCGAGCGGCGCCAGGGGCUGGAUGGCAAUCCUGCUGUGUGCGGCGGCAUUGUUUUCUGGGCCUGACGUAGUUCAGAUGGAAGCGCAGCAGGGCCUGCCUUCUCUGCUGCGACCUCCGCUAGCUUCGGCUCUGUCAGAAGAACAGGAUGUCGUCAAUGACGUCUGGCGCGUGGUCAACGCAGCCUACGUGGACCCAACGUUCAACGGCCAAGACUGGAAGGCAGUGAGGCUGAAGGUCCUGAAACAAGUGCAAGAUCGCCGUGGGAAAGAAGAGGCGUACGCCGCCGCGAAGGGGAUGCUCAAAGGCCUCGGGGAUCCCUACACGCGCUUUCUAACGCCGCAGGAAUACGACGCAGUCACUGGUCUCGCUCGCGGAGGCGUGGCUGGGGUGGGGCUGGAGCUUGCUUCAUCCCCGGCCUCAUCAGGCAAUCCCCUCUCGGUGAUAGUGGCGGGGGUGGUAGACGGGUCUCCCGCAGCGAAGGCUGGCGUUCUGACGGGCGACGUGUUAUCGGCAGUGGAUGGAGAGGAGGUGUGUGCGGGGUACUCAUAG